AUGCUAAAGAGCAAAGACAGGCCGGUACCUAGCCCGACGUUCAUGUCGGAAGAGCAAAUGGGUCAGCAUUCUCCCAUGUCUCCCCCUUCACCUCUGCCCCACACGCCGCCCCGUCCGUCAAGAUUGCGCGAAUGCACCACUCUUGCUGCGGAAGGAGAGGAUGCAGGCUCACCACAGACUCCACGUACAGCGCAGUAUCUCUCCGACCUCCGACAGACGCGUCCUGCACGACCUUCAGGCGCGAGACCGCCGCCGCCGUCGUCGAAAGUUCACAACUUGAGACGCACAGAGACCGACAUCCACAACGAUGCGAAGACCACGAGCGAAGACCGACCUGCGCUCCCGACGAGCAAUAGCAUGCCCGUCUUGUCUACAGCUCCCAAACUCCACCAGAGCAAGACGGACUCCAACCUCUCAUGGAGAAACAUGUGCUCCGCGGCAGGUCCAUUCGCAGGCCGUCCUCUCGUCCGACCUCCCUCCACCACGCCCUCCGAGCCCAACCCCGAAACCGAAGACCAAUCCAAAGUACAACGGAGAUCGAGCAUGUACCUGGAAAACGGAAGGCGAUGGAUGGAACAGCAAGAGGCGAAAUCCCUACGACAAGCAUUGCAAGAUAUGGACCUCGAAGACGACCGCAAGAUCCAUGGCGCAGCACAAGACGAAGCUGCUGAAUUGGUAUGGAAACACCAGAACCCAGACGCUGCGAAUGCGCCCUCCGUAUUCGCAAACCCGGAUUUGAAAGACUAUCGGUCGCAUCUGAGAAGAGGAAGCUAUGCGCGGAAUCACAACGGUCAAGAUACAUCAUCCUCAUCAUCAUCAAGGAGUGCUUCGGAUAGCAGUCACAGCUCGAAUGCACCAGAUAACAAGCCCACGUGCACCACCAGACGAGUGACUUUCGAGAAACCGAGAAAGGUCAGCCCUCCGACCGGUGUCAUGUCUAACCCGAAACGGCGCGAAUCCUCUGGUGGUAAAAGCUAUGGCCACUUGGCCGAAGCGGUCGCUAACGACAUCGCAAUCGCACAUUGGAGAUCGAGCAGCGGGAGCAGACGCAUCCUCAGCGGGGAAAAGAAGAUGUACAUGCAUCCCAACGAUAGGAUAUGGGAGGAUCCGUCAGAAGAGGAGGAUGCUCCGUCAAGGAUGCAGAAAAAAAAUGUGACAGUGGAGGCGGCACGAGGAGAAAAGCCGCCCGCGCCUGUACCUGCGGCACCGGUUGAACAACCACAGGCCUUGCCAUCCCAUGUCCGCAAGAAUCCAUUUGCGCGGGUCAGAGCGCAGUAUGAGAAGAUGGAACGCUCUAAUUCGGCGCCGACUUUGCCCACGACUGCCUCUACUUCGCGUGUUGGAAGACACGACCGUGUUGAGAUUCAGAGGAACCCGCCAAGCCAGAGCCGAAACGCUUGGUACAUGUCUAACGAGCCCUUGCCGCCGACGCCUCCAAGUGCAUCCGGCCAUGAUGCCGACGAGGUUGCGCCCAAGGCGACUCCAACCACGGAUGGAAGAGAAAUUCGCGGUGAUGAUAUUCGAGCGGCAACCAGCAAGUCCCGGAAAGAUUAUAGCUCGGGCUUGCCACGGCCUACAGUUGUGAGCGACAAGCCAGGAAGACCGAUCGUCAGCUUUGAGAGGGGUUGGAAGCCGAAGGAGGUAGUGAUGGAGGAGCAACAGAGCGCAUCUCCGUCCCGAGCAGAGUCCGAACGUCCAAAGCCUGCGAAGUCUGCUACCUUUCCGUAUAUGCCACCUCAGGCUUCAUCUCGCAGGGCGCCGGCUCCGCAGAUCAAUAUCGAGGAUGUGGGUGUGCCGCCGAUACCUACAAUCAGUCUCCCAGAUGAGCACUCGAUACCUUCGAUCAGCCUGCCAGAGGACGAACCACAGUCCCGCGGCGGUCCAGCAAUACCAUCAAGUGCACCUGCAAUCAAUGUCAGCGGCCCUGAUGAGGUAUCUAGUCCGUCCAAGGGCAAGGGCUCCCAGCGUCCACUGCCGUCACCUCGGCCUCCACCACGACACGCAGCCACGGCACCCAUUCCUAUUGGCAAGUCGACGCCCCAUUACACCCCUUCGAUCCGGCAAUCCGGCGCUCUCUGUGCCCAUUGCGCCUUACCAAUCGCUGGUCGUAUCCUCAGUGCAGCAGGCGAGCGCUUCCAUCCCGGAUGCUUUGUGUGUCAUGAAUGCAACACCAACCUCGAACAUGUUGCGUUCUACCCCGAGCCCGAGAAGCAGCGGGCCGAGCGAUUGGAGCGCAUUCAUGCUCGGCAGACGGGUGCUGAGUUCGUCCUUCCGGAAGGCAUGACGGAUGAGCAGGCCUUCCACCACGACGGUGAUGCGACGCGGAGAUUCUACUGCCAUUUGGACUUUCAUGAGCUGUUCAGUCCUCGUUGCAAGAGCUGCAAGACGCCCAUCGAAGGCGAGGUGAUCGUGGCUUGUGGCGCGGAAUGGCACGUCGGACAUUUCUUCUGCGCGCAGUGUGGUGAUCCCUUUGACAGUACGAUGCCGUUUGUGGAGAAGGAUGGGUACGCUUGGUGUGUUGGCUGUCAUACCAAUCGCUACAGUCCCAAGUGCCGCAAGUGCAAGAAGCCUGUGACGGAUGUUGUUGUCAAGGCUCUUGGUGCCGACUGGCACAGUGGGUGUUUUGUGUGCAUGGUGAGUGAGAUCGUUUCGCGUUUUGUAAGGGAUCCUUGCUGACGGUGGCUAGGAAUGUAAUGGCGAAUUCGCCGAUGGACGGUACUUCCUCCGCGGCGAGUCCAGUGAUCCGGUGUGUGUCCAAUGCGAGGAGAGGCGGCUCAAGGCGUGA